AUGAGCGCCACGCUGGCACCCUACCUGGAUGCUGUCAAGUCGACUCUUCAGGCAGCUCUCUGUCUCGAGCAGUUUAGCUCACAGGUUGUCGAGCGACACGACAAACCCGAAGUCGAGGUGCAAACAUCGAAGGAAUUGCUGAUGACUCCCGUCGUAGUUGCACGCAACAAGCUCGAACGAGUGCUCAUCGAGCCUUCCGUCAACUCGGUUCGCAUCUCAUUGGCCAUCAAACAAUCGGACGACAUUGAACGCAUUCUAGCGCACAAGUUCACGCGUUUCAUGUGUCAACGAGCCGACAACUUUGUGAUUUUGAGAAGGAAACCGAUAGAGGGAUACGACAUCUCGUUUCUCAUCACAAACGUGCACACCUCGUCGAUGUACAAGCACAAGCUGGUCGAUUUCCUAAUUCAUUUUAUGCAAGAAAUCGACAAGGAGAUCAGCGAUAUGAAGUUGGCUUUGAAUGCCAGAGCGCGUGUGAGUGCCGAAGAGUUCCUCAAACGAUUCAAU